AAAAAGCCAUGUCUGUCUUUUUUUCUUUUUCUUUUUUUUAAGAUCCCAAUCUGGAGGGACUUCCUCUCAGUCCUGUCUACCUUUCUCUUCCCUCCUUGGCAGAGACAAUGGGACAACACACAACUAUUGCAGCAAUGCGCAAAGUGGACACACACCGCCUCUUUGUCUUUUCUCCCUCUCGUCUUAUCAGGAGUCGACUGUGAGCAGUCAGCCCGAGAGAGGAACCGCCUCUCGCUGUAAAAAGUCCCUACCCUACUGAAAGGGUCAAAGUCUGGAGGAGACCUACGCAGGAGUCCAGAGCGGGAUCAAGUUUUCGCGAUUUCACUUCAACGGGAGGAUUUUUGUUUUGUUUUGUUUUGUUUUGUUUUACGCGGUUUUUUUUCCUGAAGCCAAUGGCUCCUCUGCUAAGAUGCACCGUUGUCAUUCUACUGGCCGUCGUCCUAACGCUUGUUCCGGUGAGGGCGAAAGGAAAUGGACAAGUCCUACGGAGACAUAAGAGAGAGUGGAUUGUUCCCUCCAGGGACCUGAAGGAGGGACAUGACUACACUGGCUUGGACUAUAUUGCAAUAAUUCGCUCUGAUAAGGAGAACUACACAAAGAUAAAUUAUUUCCUAUCGGGGCCCGGUUGUGACGAGCCUCCUCGAGGUAGAUUCGGGGUUGACAAGGACACUGGCUUUGUCAAAGUCUACUCCAUUCUGGACCGAGAGGACAUCGGCUUCUAUCGCUUAAAAGGUAUUGCCAAAUUCCUCGACGGGACCCUUGCUGAAAACGAUGUUUACCUGAAUAUUACUGUUUUGGAUAUAAAUGACAACCCGCCAGUCAUUAAAGUGCAGCAAGUCGGAUAUGUCAAUGAAUCGAGCGCAGAAGGUACUAUUGUGAUGAGAGUGAUAGCUACUGAUGCAGAUCAAGAGAACACACUGCACUCCAAGAUCAGCUACAGGAUUGUGGGGCAGAGUAGCUCUGCUGGGAUGUUCUUCAUCAACUCUCAGACUGGAGAGGUCAUGGUUCAACAGCGCACUCUAGAUCGCGAGAAACAAGAUACGUAUAGGUUGACCAUAGAAGCCUCAGACAUGGGUGGACAGGCUGGAGGACUCAGAGGAACCGGCGAAAUUGAGAUCAAGAUUCUGGACAUAAAUGACAAUAUUCCAACCCUGGAAAAAGAGUCGUAUGAAGGGAGCGUGGAGGAGAACACCAUCGGUGUGGAAGUGAUGAGGAUCAAAGCUCUUGACAUGGAUAUGAUGUACACUGACAACUGGCUGGCUAUGUUUGAAUUCAUUUCAGGGAAUGAGGCUGGCUACUUCAGCAUCACUACUGAUUCUAAAACCAACGAGGGAAUCAUCAUGAUUAACAAGGCGUUGGACUAUGAAGAACUAAAGGUGCUCAACCUGGAAGUGGGCGUUUCCAACAAAGCACAGUACAACUUUGGCAGCUCACACACCUCAACGGGGACCUUAAUUAAAAAAAGAUACCCCCUUAAAAUCAAUGUGGUCAAUCAGAAGGAAGGACCCCGUUUCCAGCCAAAUGUCAAAGUGGUGACUCUCUCUGAGGACCACACGACCAUCUCCCUCGGCAAAGUCAUCGGCACCUACGCUGCGAUUGACAGUGACACUCUACAGACGGCCACCAAUGUGAGGUAUGUCAAACUCCGCGACCGUGACAACUGGUUGAUUAUUGACGGGAAGACAGCAGAUAUCAAGCUGAACAAACUGCCUGACAGAGAGUCCAAAUUCUUGAUCAAUGGAACAUACUAUGCUGAAAUUAUAUGCAUCACCAAUGAUGCUCCCUCAAAAACUGCCACAGGGACCAUAGCCAUUCAGGUGGAGGACUUCAAUGAUCACUGUCCUGAACUGACUGCUAAAACUCAAACAAUGUGUCUCGGGGAUAAUGUGGUCUACCUCACAGCCACAGACGGAGAUGAGUUCCCCAAUGCAGCACCAUUUGACUUCACCCUGAUCCACGAGCUCAGCAAGGGGCAGUGGCAAAUGGAGCCAUUAAAUGCAACCACAGCCAUUCUGCGGAACCAAGACUACUUGUGGCCGGGUAUUUACAAAGUGGCAGUGGACGUCAAAGACCAGCAGGGAAAGUCAUGUCAUGAUGUGCAGAUGGUGGAGGUUACUGUGUGCACUUGCCACAAGGUCGUUAAAGCCUGUUUGGCACCCAGAACGGACGGUGCAACAGCAGUUUUUGGGGCUUCAGGUAUCCUGCUGCUACUCCUGGGACUGCUGCUUCUACUGCUGGUGCCAUUGCUGCUGCUGUUCUGCCUGUGUGGAGAUGCAGCUGCUGUUGGAGCUUUCAAGGCCAUUCCAUACGAUACUAAGCAACAGCUGAUCUCGUAUCACACGGAGGGACAGGGAGAAGACAAGGAUGUUCCUCUUAUGACUGCCCCAGUAGAAGUUGAUGGUGGCCACAUAACUACCCAGAAUGUCAACAAUUAUGCAAGCAGGUACACCGGGGGACUGGCAGAACUAGGAGGAGCAAACUUUGGAGGAGCAGCCUCAGGUGGUGGCGUAAACAUCUCAACCGUGACAGCUGAGAACAUGCACCAGUACAACCAGUAUAACUAUUCUGGUGGGCAAAUGGGGAUGGACACAGGCGCUGGGAUGAUGACAGGACAAGAACAUCUUCACUCCAGAUACAGGACUGGGGCCUUUGAUGGGAUGGCCCUGUCUGAAGAGUUCCUGGGAGAGUAUUAUACAAGUAAAGCCAACCAUGCCACUCAACAAUCCCAGCAGAAGGAUGGUCCGCUGAUCUAUGACUAUGAGGGUCAGGAGUCCCUUGCAGGUUCUGUAGGUUGCUGCAGCCUUCUAGAGAAUGAGGAUGAUCUUUCGUUCCUCGAUGAUCUUGGGCCCAAAUUCAAAACCCUGGCUGAGAUCUGUCACGGCUCAACCUUGGUGACUGAUACUGUGGAUGCUGGGGUUUCUAUCUCUCCACCCAGACCUGUGUCUCCUGCCAGGCCCUCCACUUCCACCCACACACAUGUUCAUACUCACAGAGAAACAAUCAGGGACAGGGACAGGGACCACAUCAGCUUCAACACCCUCAACACCUCCAGUGUAGCAUCUGGAUCCUCUGCCAUCGUCCAGGAAGAACGAAUCACUGAAAGAGCCACUGUUCCCAAUGUACAUGUCAAGGAAAAGCUUGUGAUUCCCAAUCAGACGAUGCUCAUACAGCAGCCCACUAUGUACUAUGCUGCCACACCCAUGUACGUAGUAGAGUCUAAGCCACAAAUGGUGCUGGUGGCAGGUGGUGCCCAGCAAGCAGUGGGUCAAGUACCGCUUGGCCAUGUUGGGAUGACUCAAGGGCUGGUGCAGGUUGGUGGCCUCCAAGGUUCUCAGGGUGUGGUCCUUGUAGAUAGGCAUAUAGGAACGGGUGGGAUGACAGGGCAGGUAGCACAAGGCCUUUCGCAGGGAACCAUCUCCAGGUCUAGACAAGUGUUGGUGGAGAAUGGGUCCUUAGAUGGAGCGCAAGUUGCGCACUUAGCACAGGGCUUUGUACAGACAGGACAUGGGUAUGCUGCAGAGCAAGGCUUGGGGGGCAGGGGUCAAGGUAUGCAGGUGAAAACUCAAAGUUUUUCAGUAGGUUCAAGUGGUUCUGCGGGGUCAAAUGGAGAGUUUGCAAUGACAGCCACACCCAAAAUGCAAGGAGGCCAGAGAGUGGUUGUGCAACAUAAGAAGGUGUCAGUGACAGAGAGGAAUAUUGAAUCCAGCACAACAGCGUAAAGCAGCACUUUUGUUCAGCAUAUGCACUAAUGUCACACUUAUGGUAUAUACUGAAAUAUAUUUCAGUACACUAAAAGUACUGCAAUGAAUAAAUACAUUUAGGUUCAUUCAGAUAGAGAGAUUGUGGUAAAACUGCUAAAAGGACAGUUUGGUCUGCUUUACCAAAAGUGCAAGACUGUAUGUCCUUGUCUAAUGACAACACUACUUACUAAAGUAGUUAAAACAGGGUAUUGACUACAUGGCCAAAUGCCAUAAAAGGCUUUGGAUUUCUAUACAUACUUUACAGUAUUGGUUUAAAGUAUAAACUUGGGUUAGGGUUUGGGGGACAAGACAACAGAUUGUAAGAGGUAUUCCAUCAUUUAUUGAAGUUUAACCUCUGGUGGGAUGUAAUGACAGUGUCAUUUCCCUCUUUAUUCAGUCCCAGGAUUUACCAGUUUUGCACCAAAUGACAGCCCUAAAAGCACUGUAUUUAUUUCAGGUACACAACUAGCAUGGCUUCAGUUAGGGAACACCCAAGUAAGCAUUACAGAGCUCAACCAGUCUGACCAACAGUGUAUACAAAGAGACAAUAGGAAGAAGUACAAACAAAAAAGGCUAUAUGCCCCUCCUUCUCACGGGGCACCAAUAAGCAAGUGUCAACAAUGUUAUUUUACAAUUAGAUAAUCCCUUUUCUAGUCCUGCUCGAAAAUCUGCCAGCUGGAGAAGGAAGGGAAGCACUUCACUGGUUGUAGCAGGUCUCUGUAUUACUGGAGGCUGCACUUGGGAACCAGUUAGGAGCAAGCACUCACCUGCACAGUAACUUACCAUCAAGCCAUAGCAACCCAACUGCAGCUCAAAUGAAUCUGAGCAAGAGAAGAAACACAAAACACAAUGUACCAGCAUGUGGAAAAAGAAAAUGGGCUGCAACACUAGACAGCUGGUGGGAACAUUUAAUCUCAAAGCCAGCAAUGGAACUUUUGUGCUCCUAAAAAAUCUCACAAGGAUAUGAUAACCUGUGUGUUCGAAGCCAGCAGCACCUGAAAAAUGGUCUUGUCAUUGAUACAGAUCAGUACUGUUAUUAAACCUAUAUCUCAUGCUCAAGUUUUGUUGAUAAGAACAUCACAAAACAUGGCUGAUCAUUUGUCAAAUAAGUUCAUGAAAUUAGUUCCUAAUCCUUAAUCAUGAGCCAAAAUGCCUGUUGAAAUGCAGUAUAAUACAUUCAUAGUGUAAAUAUAUUGAUAGCUUCGGCCCUUUAGUCUUGAGAAGCACACAGUUGUUUUGCGAGAGGUGGAACAAAGUUUCUGUAGCUUUUUAAAAAACAUGUUAAAUGUUUAAGAGUGGUGGGAUUCUCUGGUAGCAUUUUGUAAUGUUUUAGCUUCAGUCGUGCCUCAAACUGUCUCUUGCUGACAGUGUGAGUUUUUAAGUUAGUUAUACUUUAAUCUUUAUGGUGCUGUUUAUAUGGGUGGCCCCUCUUGGAAACUAGAUAAAUGCUGCUUGUACUGUAAUACUGAGGAAAACACCCUCCCUAAUGCCAAAGUGUUUGAUUCAGCGCUUGAAGAAAAGAUUAGACUCCUUUUAUCUGCGGUCUUUUUAUCAUAGUCACUACAGACCAUAAACAUGAGAAGACAGUACUUCAAAGUCUCUAUUUUAUUGUUGCACUCUUUUUGUUUUAUUAUUUCUCCAGAAUAUCUUCGGUAUAAACCCAAGUGCCAAAGCUGUAAAGAUUGGGUAUGAUGGCCCUAUUUUAUUUUUUUUUACCAAUGUACGGUGUGCCAUAAUUACCAGAUAGACUUUUAAGAUGUUUUUAUUGUGUAUGUGAGUGUUUGUGUGUGGGUGUGAAGGUAACAUAAUUUGGAUAUAUGGAAAGGCAGAGUAAUCAAGGAUGAGAUUGCCGAGCACUGACAAACAUUUAAUGGAAUGACACUGUUUGAUAUUGCCGUUCAUGCUUUGAUAUAUAUGUAUUAUCAUCUCUAGUAUCUGAUGCUGUAGAUACUGUGCUAUGGCACGUGUUGCUUUAGAGCAGUGCAGUAGUGAAGUAGCUGUAUUGGACAUGAUGAUGACGUUUUCCCUGUAUUUUUCACCUGCUGUGAUAAUAAAAUAAAAUGGAAAAAUAAAGCUGUUGUGUCAA